AUGUCAGGUGGUGAACCGAAUAACGGCUCGGUGCCCCUCAUCCCAAUACAAAGCCGCCGCCAGUACGGACGGCUGGACUAUGACAUAGAGCACGACCCCGACGACCAAGACGAUCGCGACCGCGACCACCUCCAACACCACGGCUCCUACCACGACUCUGGCGUGCGCCACGACGUCGACACCUCAUACCCAGGCUCCUCCUACAAUCCUACAGAUGUCAACAUGGCCCGCACGCACAUCGCCGCCCAGCUGAGGCCGCGCAGAAGUUCCACAAAGUCUGCCGUCCUCGUCAUAGCCUCAUAUGCCUUCGACUGGAUCAUCAUUAUCGUCGCCCUCGGCAUCUCCUACCUAAUGGGCCACCAACGGCCCAACAUGCGCCCUUUCUUCCUCGAGGACCCAAAUAUCUCAUUCCCCUUCACUGAGAAGGAGACGGUCCCACCAUGGUUGCUUGUCACCUGCAUGGGAGUCAUCCCCAUAUUUGUCAUCCUGAUCAUCGCUCUCAUCUUUGUGCCCGGAAACACGGUACCGAAGGGCACGCCCAAGUCCCUGAUCUGGAAGCGCAAGCUAUGGGAGCUCCAUGUCGGCUGGCUGGGGCUCGCCCUGGCUCUGUCAUCCGCCUGGUUCAUCACCAAUGGCAUGAAGAAUCUCUUUGGCAAGCCGCGCCCAGACAUGCUGUCGCGCUGCAACCCGGACCUUGAGAACUUUGAGAAAUUCAUUGUGGGCGGCCUUCGCGUCGCCGACGGCUUCCAACGCCUCGUCUCGGCCGACAUCUGCCAGGGCACCGACAAGCCCGACUCGCAGGAGCUGCUGGAGGACGGGUUCCGGUCCUACCCCUCGGGGCACUCGAGCUCCGCCGCCGCGGGGUUGAUCUAUCUCAGCUUGUUCAUCGCCAGCAAGUUCGCCAUCACCUUCCCCUUCCUAGCGCCCGCGCCGGCCGGCCAGUCCAACCCGGCAGCCACCUUCUCCGCCUUCCCGUCGCGCCACCCGGCCAACCAGGUCCGGUCCCGGCGCCUGCAGGCCAGCCUCGAGGGGGAGCGUCUGCACGGCGCCCACGACCCGGAGACGUCGGACAUGUUCGCGCGGCAUAACAAGCGGCUCGCGUCGGCGCGGCAGCAGGCGGCCGCCCCGCCGCUGUACCUGCUCAUCUUCGCGUCGGCGCCCUUCUUCGCCGCCAUCUUCAUCGCCAGCUCGCGGUGGUACGACUUCCGGCACCACGGCUUCGACAUCCUCUUCGGCUUCCUGAUCGGACUCAUCUGCGCCUUCUUCGCCUUCCGCUGGUAUCACCUGCCCGUCUCGCAGGGUGCUGGCUGGGCCUGGGGGCCCCGCUGCAGCGACAAGGCCUUCUGGGCGGGUGUCGGCAGCUUCAGCUACGCCAUGGACUGGGAGGACCUCACCCAGGAGUUCAGCCCCGUCGACGAGGAGGCCGCGCUCGGCGAUAAGGAUCGGUCCAUGGCCAGCACGGGCAGCGGUGGUCUGCGCGGGGCAGAUGAUGGAGAGGAAGGGGCGAGGCGGCGAGCCCAGUAG